AGCCGGGAAAUAAAACAUACAUUUUAUUGAACAAAGCGGCGUCGACAACAAAUAUUUCGCGAAGGACAUCAUUCUGUACAGCAAUGUUUCUACGAACCAUAGGGAGUAGAUUUUCAAUUCAGCGAGGCUCACGGCUUCUACGACGAGUCCCUGUUAGAUGUAUAACUGGAGUACAACAGUCUGCCAUCAUAGAAAAUGGCGACACUUUGGUGGAAGGAAACAUGAAGUUCAAAAGUCUAGAUGACUUUAUGAGCCACGUGGUCACGAAGAACCCGGGGGAACAUGAGUUUCACCAGGCCGUACAUGAAGUGGUAACUUCCCUGUGGGACUACCUUCAAGCAAACCCCGUGUAUCUCGACAGUAACAUAUUGGAGCGCAUCGUGGAGCCAGAAAGGGUCGUUAUCUUCAGGGUUCCUUGGAGGGAUGACCAUGGAGAGGUCCAUGUCAACAGGGGCUUCCGUGUGGAGUUCAACUCAGCCAUUGGUCCCUACAAGGGCGGGUUGCGCUUUCAUCCCACCGUCAAUUUAGGAAUUCUUAAGUUUCUCGGGUUCGAGCAAGUGUUUAAGAACAGUCUCACGACUUUACCCCUGGGAGGCGGAAAAGGAGGUUCAGAUUUUGAUCCCAAAGGAAAGAGCGACAACGAAGUUAUGAAUUUCUGCCAGUCAUUCAUGUCAGAGCUCCAGAGGCACAUCGGUCCGAAUACGGAUGUGCCUGCCGGGGAUAUUGGAGUAGGAGGCAGAGAAAUCGGUUACCUGUUUGGCCAGUACAAGAAAAUACGUAACGAGUUCACCGGGGUACUGACGGGAAAAUCUUUCAGCUUCGGAGGAAGUAUGCUGCGCCCGGAAGCCACUGGCUACGGACUGGUGUACUUCACAGCCGAGAUGCUUAACACGCGGGGCGAGACCCUUAGAGGAAAAACCGUGGCGGUGUCAGGAUCGGGCAACGUGGCUCAGUUUGCCUCGGAGAAAGUGCUGCAGCUUGGCGGCAAGGUUGUGACCCUGUCGGACUCACAGGGCACUGUGUAUGACCAUGGUGGUCUGGACAAGGAGAAGAUAGAAUACGUCAAGUGGCUGAAAAAUGUCAAACGCGGCCGUAUCAGCGAGUACGUGGAAAAAUUUCCUGACGCGGAAUUCUUCGAGGGGAAACGCCCUUGGUUUGUGAAGUGCGACGUGGCGCUACCCUGCGCAACUCAAAACGAAGUCAACGCAGAGGAUGCGCAAAUGUUGGUCAACAAUGGAUGUUACUGUGUAGCAGAAGGUGCUAACAUGCCAUCAGAUCCUGAAGCUAUCGAAGUAUUCCAGCGUAAUAAGAUCCUCUACGGGCCUGGUAAAGCGUCCAACGCCGGUGGAGUGGCAGUGUCAGGUCUGGAAAUGUCACAGAACAGUCUGCGCAGCGCCUGGACUCGAGAGGGAGUCGACGAACGUCUACAUGACAUCAUGGAGAGCAUUCACAAUACAUGCGUCAUGUACGGCACAUCGAAAGAUGGCAGCUACAUCGAUUACGCUAAGGGAGCGAAUAUCGGAGGCUUCAUAAAGGUCGCUCAAUCAAUGCUGGAGCAAGGAGUUGUUUAGGGUCUUAUAGCAACGUUGAACUGCAUGACUAAUUUUAUCGUUGACGAAUUCUUCUCUUAGGAGAACUGAAUACAGUUUUUUUUUAAGUAGACGAAAGCAUGUUUAACAAGCUACGUUCAAAAGUCUUUCAAAUUAAUCAUACUUAAUAGAGUGGACCUUGUAGUUAGUCUAUAUAUAGUCCUAUAAUUUAUUUAUCAGAUAUUGCGUUGGUUGUACGUAAAACGAACUAUUUCACAAGCCUAGUCUGUAAUAAUACUAAGUUAGUCUAACUUUUACUUAAAUCGGCUUUAUGUCUUGCGGCCGUUCAAUUUUACACAAUAUCAAGGUUUGACUUCUUGUUCAUAGGUCUUUGUUCCAGAUACAAAUUCAAAUGUAAUAAAACAAGAACGAAUAGCUGUUACCAAGUAACAAGCACGAGAUGUAGAUAAAAAUGUAACUUUGAUGAUUUAAUGACUUCUUUUUAGCCUGAAAUUUAGGCGUCUCUUGAAUGUGCCAUUUUUCCAGAGUGUUUUUUAGCAAAGAAAUUCACUGUAAAUAUUAUGUAUAUUAAUCUCGUGCGUUUGUAAAGUUUUAAUAAAACGCCGUUGAUUCAAGGA